CACCGUUCUCAUUGUCGACCAGGGACCGAGGGUGCUUCAAAUAUCGUUGUCGCAGCAUCAACUCCGCUCGUUUGUGACAGAAUUCAAAGGCCACCCAAAAGAACAGCAGAAGCCAUAUGUGACAGUGCGAAAGUCGAUCAGGUCAUGGGCAACAAAGUCCACGUAUACGAGCACACUAGCUCGUACAAUGCAAUUUCGCACAAAUCCCCCCAAGGACUACAGUGUCUUAAGGCUCUAUUCAGCGAAUAUGACAGCUCGAACCCGAGUCGAAUGAAGUUGAAUGAUCUGUUUACAGCAGAUUUCCAGGACAACACCAAUGGUAGCGACAGAAAUACGGGUCGUGAUGAGACCAUCGACUCUAUCAUCUCAUCAAGAGCAAAGUGUACGCGGCACCAAAUCGACCUGAAACAUGCCUGGUGCCUCGAGAACUCAGGAAGCAGCCAGACUGUCUUCUUUGAGGCCGUACGCUUCAUGUAUCUAGAUGGCGAUUCAGAUUGGACGCGAAUUCCGCUUUCAGGAAGGAUAGAAGUGAGAGUCAAAGAGAACAGAUUCUCGCUGAAAGACGCCAUUGCCCAGAUCGCCAGUCGGAGAAUGACAUCUGAUGCCAGUCAGCUGGUGAGAAAGGAAAUGUGGCGUACAGCUUCAAUGCCCCUGAGCCCAGCCGAGACGCAAUCUUUGGGUCUACAACCUUCCAACAGUCAGCUUGCUCUGCCGAACGUGUCAGAACUCCCAACUGCCCAUACCUUGUCCUCGAUGGAUAACAAGCCAUUGCCUGGUUAUCAAAAGUCGCAAUCGAGCAAAGAUGCAUCAACCGGGACGCCGACUGUAACCUCUGGAAGUUCGGUAGAUGUGAUCGAGAAGCUGUGAGCUGGGGUGGACCAUGGUUCCGCUUACAGAGAGGAGUGUUGCUGCAUAAGUGAAGCGAGGGACGGCAAACUCUUCGAGCGAGGAGAGAGAUUGAUGCAGUGACGCUGCAUCGGAUGUUCGCCUAUCAUGGUCUCCAGGGUAGUGUAGCUUUGGUCCUGCGAUCGGUCUGUUCCAGGGAAAAGGAUAUCGAGAUUUUUGUGGAUUUGCAUCGUCAAGGCUUUUCCGAUUGUAACGCCGUCUUUGGUGGAGGAGCAGUUCUUCCAAGACCUCCCCUCAU